AAUCAAUGAGUGUAAGAAGAAUGUUAUUGGAGAAGCUUCUGCUGACUACUUGAGGCCCUGAGAGGCUUCAUUUCAACCUUGAGUCCCGAAUUCUGGAGCUGUCUUCUGCUGAAUUUGUCGUCAUCACACCAACUUCAUUAUAAUGCUCCUUGUGAAAUGUCUUACUGCAUUGUUCACGGUUUGGAUGUGCCAUGCGAGCCAGGUCGACCACGGCGCCGACAAAAACUCAAUCAUUAUAGAAAACACAACAGAAAUACUUGAACCAAUAAAUGGAACUAUAAACUUCAGACUGAUAAAGCCUAACAGAGCCACGCCAUGGUACCCGGAGCGAGAGAUGAAACUCGACAGCUGUGUCAGAAAAGCGAGAUGCGAACCAUUGGACAGGCUUUGGUGUUUAGGUUCCAAAUUACCUUAUGACAAAACGAGCGUUCUACUGACUUUUUACGAAAAUCAGAGUCAAAUCCAAGCGCAAUUGGAACUGUACAAACAACUAAUAAAUGUGCCAAAAUGUUGGGCUGUCAUACAGCCCUUUCUCUGCGCUACAUUUAUGCCAAAAUGCGAAGAAAUACUUGGCCAGGAUAUGGUGUACCUUCCUUCGUUCGAGAUGUGCAAGAUCACUAUGGAACCUUGCGCUAUCGUAUACAACACGACAUAUUUUCCAUCGUUUUUGAAAUGUAACACUUCUUACUUCCCGACAAAAUGUGAAACGCCCGCAAGAGAAAUGAAAUUUAAUACAACGGGAAAAUGUAUUGAGCCCCUUAUUCACACAGAUAAAGUCCAGCAUUUUUAUGAAGGCAUAUCGGGAUGCGGUCUACCGUGCCGCGAUCCCCUGUACACAGAAGACGAACACCAACAGAUCCACCGCCUGGUGGCCUGGGGGGCGGGCAUCUGCCUCGCGCUGAAUCUGCUGACCGUAGCCACAUUCCUCAUUGACUGGCGCAGUGCAAACAAGUACCCGGCGCUGGUCAUCUUCUACAUCAACGUGUGUUUUGCUGUCGCUUCAAUGGGGUGGCUUGUGCAAUUCGGCGUUGGAUCAAGAGAUGAUAUCAUUUGUUCUAAAGAUGGUACUAGGCGAAGGGGAGAGCCGUCUGCCGAAGAAAACUUGUCUUGCGUUGUGGUAUUUGUAUUGGUAUACUACUUCAUGAUGGCAGCAUGCGUGUGGUUCGUGAUAUUCACAUACGCUUGGCAUAUGAGUUUUCGCGCUUUGGGAAAAAUUCAAGACCGUAUCGACAAGAAGGCUGCGUACUUCCAUCUAGUCGCGUGGUCGCUACCAUUGGUGCUCACGAUCGCGACGAUGGCUUUCGGAGAAGUGGACGGCAGUAGCGUGACGGGGGUCUGCUUCGUGGGCUACGCCAACCACGGCAUGAGGGCCGCUCUGCUGCUAGCACCGCUGUUUAUAGUGCUGGUGCUUGGCGGGUACUUCUUGUUGCGAGGUGUAUUCACGUUGAUCGCCGUCCGAGUGUCCGGCAAAGACGUGAUAUCCCCGCGUCACUCGACUAAGAUCCGGCAGACUAUAACUCGUUGCUCGCUCACAGCGGCAUUAGUGUCGGUCUUUAUUUGCGGCACCUUCGCCUGUCACAUCUACGAGUUCAGAAACGCGGAGAUGUGGUAUGAAGACUUUAAACAGAACAUCGUAUGUCGCCUAGAAGCUCUAAAGGAGCCCAGCAAAGAGUGUCCAGCUGGCGCUCGGCCGUCGGUGUCGGUGCUACAGCUGCGGCUGCUGUGCUGCUUCGCGGCCGGCGCGCUCAUGGCCUCCUGGACCUGGACGCCCGCCGCCGCGGCUUCUUGGAGACGCUACCUCGCCAGAAAAUGCGGUUGCUCCGUGGAAACCGAAGUGACGCGUCGUGCCCGCAAGCACGAGCUGAUCGCGCGCGCCUACCGCCGCCGCGGGGAGUUCGCGGCGCGCGGCCGCCUGUCCAUCUCUCUGGGCGGAUCCCGGCAAGAUCCUGUGGGAUUCUGUCUGGACCACACCUCGCCUAUGGACUAUCCAGACGACGGAAAGCAUGAGAGUGCCGAACUAUCAUCAUCUUGGGCGGCCAAUCUCCCUCGUUUUGUCCGUCGUCGCGACGCCCUGGUGCUUCCGACGCACACUCAUCACUCCCUCAGUUCCACGCCCGACCGCCGCAACUCUCAAGACUCACAAAUCAGCAUCAGCCUUCGUCACGUCUCAGUUGAAUCUCGCAGAAACUCCGUUGAUAGCCAGCUGUCGGUCAAAAUAGCUGAAAUGAAAACUAAGGUCGGAAGGCGACGAACCAAGCAUAGUAAAGCCAAAAGAAAGGCCAGAGUUGCCAACUCGCGUAAAGAAAGUACACCGUCCAUUGAGAGCCAAAUAAGUCGCUAUUGGCUGCAAUCUGUGGCGGCUAACAAUGAUCCGUCCCGGGAAGAAGUGAAGUUUAGUUUUGAUUAGAAUGGUUAUAUGGAAACAUAUCUGAUCGUUGUUUAUGGAUGCCUGUUGGGAGGGGAGAUUAUGAAGUCCGUCUAAUCAUGAUCUGCAUGUACCGACUGUCAAUCCGAAUUUCGACAACCAUCUAUUUUGAAAGAAUGUCGAUUUGGAAUAUCUAUUUCGCCAUACUUUGCAUCGAUAAAACAACAGAAUCAACUUCGGCAAGACAUCACUUCGCAACACCCUUCUUCGAAGAGCGACUCUUUGGAAAUAGUUGUCUGACGAAAUUUGGAAUAACAGUCGCGACACAACAACCAUGAUGGUUAAUAUUUAUAAAUGCAAUUUAGUAUGUAAGUGUGAAAGUUCAAAUAAGUGUUCCCAAAGGAUAUUAAUCCGCGUGAUUGUUUAGUCAUCGCAUAGUUUUAAUUCGAAUUCAACAUGAUGUUGCAAAAAAUAGUAAAUAAAACAAAAAAAAAAGACUGACCGAAUCUCUUCGAUACAUUUUGUAUGAAUUUUUAUAAUAUUCAAUUCCAU